CUAUAGUGACAUUUACGUAUACAUUUGUUUUAUUUUUAUUUUUUAGGCACAACAACAUUCAUGUGUCAAAGUUAAGAGUCAACUGUCACAUCAUGUUUCACCACUGUGAUGAUCAAGUUUUAUGUUAUGGUUUCUGAAAUAAUUACCUUUACUGAUAACAUUUUAUUACAAAUAUAAAUUAAAAAAUAGUAUUUGGGUGAAAGUAGAGGAAAUAUUUGUCCACCAACAACAUUGAAAGGCAGAAUUAGCGCCCUCGUUUGACCUAUUCAGUAAUAACCAAUUAAUCUGUUUUUGGCUCAAGGGCCAGAUUAGGUUUUUUCUUUGUUUGUUUCAAUGGACAGAUGGACCAGACUACUUUUAGAUCAUGCAAAAGACCAUAUUAGAAUGCAUAUGUAAAAUUUGUUUAUUGUGAUGAAAAAUAAUAAUCCUCAUUUUUAAAAAGAAAGUGACCUGUGGCUUGUCCCAUCAAGGGAUUGCCACAGUGAGUCACUCUAAUUCAGAAUCAGUUUUUCUAAUCCAACCGUCUAUAUGGGGAGAUAAAAAAACGAGAGAAAUAAAUAAUAUCUGUGGUGGCAGCGUGGGAGACUUUUCAAUUAGUCUUUCCAGAUGCAUAACUGUGAUCGAAUGGGACAAUUUCAGUGGAUGUCAGAUCUGAAAAACUGGCACGCCCUCAGAAUAUUUUACCCAAGCCAAAGGCAUUAUCACUCGCCCAUACCAUCAUAGAUGAUAUCUAUUGAACGUGUUGCUGAUAAAACGCAUUGUUCUUUUCCUCUUUGACGCAACAUCAAUGAUUUCCAAAAUGUGGAAUCGUCAGAGCGCAGGACCCUUUGCCACUUUACUUCCAUCCAUCCAUCUUAGAUAAUCGUGAACCCAGAGAAGCAGUUACCGUCAAAUGACAAUGUUGUUUUUUUGUCGUGUUCAAGCGCCAAAAUGACCCUUUUGAGGAUGUUCCUUUAAUAUCCAAUUGACUUGUGGAAUGUUCUAAACAGGUGUUGUUGUUUUUUUUAGCAUUCCACAUCUCCAUCUUUUAUUUCAUUUUAUUGCUGCUUUAUCUCACCUAAAUGCCCUCGCUUUGGCUUUGACCUUUGUGUCAUGGAAAUAACGACACCGACAUCCAAUUAUGACAGAAACAUGAAUGGCAUUCACUGCAUUGUUCAUUUUCUGGCACAUUUUUGUCAUGGUGAUUAAGUGGUUUACCCUUCAGUUCUGAGGUUAGGGGUUCCAAUCUGGGCUCCAGCGUUCCCGUGUAUGAUCUCAUGUGUUGUCUGAAUUGUCCUUUGGCAUAGUAUAAAAAAAGGUUGAAUGGGUUUUUGUCGUGACAGGCUCACAAGGAGUUAACUAGCCUUUUGCAUGUAACUCAGGCCACCCCUCCAAAAUGCCAGCCUCUGUGAGUCUGCAUCUCCAAAGCGUUGACCUUACAAAUGAGCACGCUGCAUCAUUGUGGGAAUUGGUUCUUCUGGGCGGCGCAAAGUCGAGUCGAGAGCACACAUCAGUGAGUGCAGCAGAGAGGCAGGCACAUCCGCCGCUCGCUGCAGGGAUCAAAUCUGCACCAUCUGACGCUCAAGGAUUUAUGGGUUUAGUCAAAAUUGCUUUUCCCACUGUGGAGAUUAAGCACCGGAGGACAUAGGAUGUUUUCCACCCGGGCCGUAGAAUAAACCAGUUUGGCUUUGCUUUUUUUCCUCCUUUUUUUUCCCUUCUCUCUUUCAACGUUGGAGCUCAGGUGCUGGCUGAGGGAAUGCCUGAGGAAGUAGUUGGAGCCCGAGAGAGGAGCACGUUCUGACUGUCUGGAGAGAGAGCGAAAGAGAGAGAGGUCCGUUCUCCGGGGAAUGUGAGCCAUGCGGGUGGAUACUGUGCUUGUGUUCUUCAUCUUCGCCUGCCUGGCAGGCGCUGCCGGAAAGAUGGCUCAGUCUCGGGGUCACAAGCUGGAGACCUUUACGCAAAGCAGGUCCCGAAGAGAAACAAGAAUGGAUGGUUCAGGUUACAAAACCGGAAGCCCAAUCUACAAAAGAAGCCCUGACUUGACAAAAUCUCUGAUGACUAAAUCGGAGCAGCUUCUCAGGAUAGACGACCACGAUUUCACCAUGAGGCCAGCGUUUGGAGGUCCUCCCAUUCCAGUCGGAGUAGAUGUUCAAGUCGAAAGUUUGGACACCAUCUCUGAAGUGGAUAUGGACUUCACCAUGACACUUUAUCUUCGUCACUACUGGAAGGACGAGAGACUGUCCUUUCCAAGCACCAACAACCAGAGCAUGACUUUUGACAGUCGCCUGGUGAAGAAAAUUUGGGUCCCGGAUAUGUUCUUUGUGCAUUCAAAGCGCUCUUUCAUCCAUGACACCACCACCGACAAUGUCAUGCUGAGGGUUUAUCCUGAUGGCAACGUGCUGUACAGUCUCAGGGUCACGGUUACCGCCAUGUGCAAUAUGGACCUCAGCCGCUUCCCUCUGGAUACCCAGACGUGUUCUCUGGAGAUUGAAAGCUAUGCGUACACGGACGAUGACCUGAUGCUUUACUGGAAGAAAGGCAACGAAUCCCUCAACACGGAUGACAGAAUAUCCCUUUCCCAGUUCCUCAUCCAGAAAUUUCACACCACCACCAAGCUGGCUUUCUACAGCAGCACAGGCUGGUACAACCGCUUGUACAUCCACUUCACCCUGCGUCGCCACAUUUUCUUCUUCCUGCUGCAGACCUACUUCCCCGCUACCCUCAUGGUCAUGUUAUCCUGGGUGUCCUUCUGGAUCGACCGCAGGGCAGUACCCGCUAGAGUACCCCUAGGCAUCACCACUGUGCUCACCAUGUCCACCAUCAUCACCGGGGUCAACGCCUCGAUGCCGAGAGUGUCCUACAUUAAGGCGGUGGACAUUUACUUAUGGGUCAGCUUUGUCUUUGUCUUCCUGUCGGUGAUCGAGUACGCCGCCGUCAAUUACCUCUCCACAGUUCAGGAGAGGAAAGAGAGGAAGCUAAGGGAGAGACUGCCCUGCACUUGCGGUAUCGGGAACCCGGACGACAUGAUGAUCGACCCCCAGAUCACCGGAUACGGCUCCAUGGACAUCAACACCACGGGGAACUACGGCAUGCCGGAGAACGGCGGGCGCCAAGAUCAAAUUCUGGCUCAGGUGGCCCUGAACGAUCCACAGCUCACAGGCCAGGUCAAGGGCUCCAGGGGCUACGUGAACAUAUGGAUCGACACACACGCCAUAGACAAAUACUCCCGGGUGGUCUUUCCCGGAGCUUACAUCCUCUUUAACAUCAUCUACUGGUCCAUCUACUCGUAAGGUGUACGCACGGGGAGGAAUGUGCGCUAAGCGGAGAAGAACUGAUAUGUAAGGACUUAGUGGAAACGCUACCGGGAACGAGGACCGUCGCCUUCUCAACAGAAGCCUCUUAAGACUGGUGACUUGCACUGGUUCCGCUCCAAAUGUGUGUGUGCGCGCGUAUGUGUAUCUAUGUGUGUCAUGCAGUGACUUUCGUGGCGUCCAUAGAAAGACGUUUGCUGUCGCUUGAUGUACCGCCUGCUAUGAGAGGCGAAAGCAGCACUUUUUCAUUCCUUGAAGGAUGAAACCACCGCACAAAUGUUUCUUAUUAUAUAUGAUAAGUAUUAACUGUUUGGGGUUUUUUUAUUUUCAUCAUAGUCGCUCUGAGGUGUUUUUUAGGACGUGAAGGGCCUCUUGCUUAUUCGCCUUUUUGGGGGCCUCAACAUGUCACAAAUGUGUGUAUGCUGGUGAAAAUUGAUGUCUUUUAGGGAUUCUCAGCAUGACAGCUUGCCACAAGAAUGAAAUAAUAGAAAAGAGUGUUACUGUCUCUAAUGCUAAAUUACUGUAGCAACAGAGCUAACCCAAAUCCCCACAUAAAAAAAAAAAAAAGCUAUCUUCUGCUGAAUUCCAUCCAUUUUCUAUAGUGCAUGAAUACAUUAGGGUGAGCUGAAGUCUAUCCCAGCUGACUUUGGACCUCUGGAUUGGUUGUCAGUCAAUUGUGUGGCACGUUUAUGGAUAAUCCACUAAUCACAUUCCCACCCAUGGACAAUAUCGUCUGCCUGCAUGUUUCUGGAAGAAGCAUGGGAACGACACACGGGAAUUCCUGAGCUGAAACUCAAACACAACUGUGAGGCUGAUGUGCUAGCCAUCAAACUCUAUUAAUCAUUUUGGGGAUACACAAUGAAAAAUAGAUGUGAGGCCCUGUGUAUCAUUGCUUGUUGCUUCAUAUUCUCUUUAGAAUUGCAUGGCGGGUCCAAUCAACUGGACGUAUUUUGAAAGACACUGCAUCAACUAUUUUCACUCUUGCCAAUUAGUCACACAACUCUAAACCUCCUCAAGACAAUCAGCACGUGAAAUAUGACUCGAUGUACGUUUCCUUGUGUGACUUUCGUAUCAGUGCUGUGAAGCUACCGCGUUACAUCUUUGUGAUUGGACAAUGGUUUGUUAUAAAUUAAAAAAAAAGACAAAAGAAAAAAAAAAAGCACUGGCUGAUGUACCUUAUCAUUAAAAUGACUAUUUCUUCUUUAUUGAUACCAGCACAGCUAAAAAUACGCCACCACGGCGACAUUACCAAGAACUGGACAUGAUCCCUCUGAAAUUGAUAAAAAGAUGAGAAUAAAACUGGUCAGGGAUGCUGCCAGGAAACUAAAAGCAAUUCAAUUUGCUGCAGUUAUUUCUACCCAAUAGUGGCUGUUGGAUUCGGUUGACAACGUUAUCGUCAUAGUAGGUCUGGCUUGCUUGACGAUAAAUUUCAAUACUUGCUGUAAAGGCGAUGGAUGACCUUCGAGUUUGAAUUCAUAAGUGAAAAGCAUACUCGAGUGACUCGGCCACUGAAUAGUCAUCAAUGUCAUUGCCUUCAAGUACAAAAGUGUGGGAUGAGAGGCACCGUUCCUGAAUAAAAAAAAGUUGUUUGAAGGAAAGGAAUCCAACAUGCUUUUGAAUAUGUUCUUGAUAAGCAGAUAACAAACAUGAAAGCAGAAAAAAUAACAAGAAGCAAGCGAAUAUGCUGCAGUGGAUAUGAAGCUCAAGAUUUCUUCUCUGAAAAUAAACGGUUUUACUUCGAACUGUUAAACGGCCGCUUCGAGUUCUCUUGAUAAAAUAGCUUUUAUAUCUGAACAGUAAAUGCCAUGUUUUUGUGAAA